GUGUGUGUAUGGAGCUCUAAAAGCAGGAGGAGGUAAGAAGCUUUGAGUGGCAGGCGGUCCUAUGGAAGUGCUCACAGAGAGAGGCCGGCCCCUCGCAGGAUUAAAUGGGAUAGAAAAGGAUUACAAUCUGAGUUUCCAGAGACAUUUUAUAGUAAACUAACAUGUAUGUUGUCCUGCCAGAAGCAGUAGAUCGCCUUAAUAUACAGCUAAACUAACAAGAUGCUCCACAGCUACCUGGUCUUAACGUAGGAUGAAGAAGCCUCGGUUUGGUUUGGCUUGGAGGAAAACAGUGGCAAGAGUGUAAAAAGGACUGCAGUGAUCUGAUGAACAGACAAAUUUGUCCUGCGCCAUUCAAUGGAAGAGGAUCCAGUGAUGCAACCUGAACAUGAUGAGAAUGAUGUAGGUUUGGCUCAGAUCUUGACAGAAGUGGUAGAGGAAGUGAGACUGUCCAUAGACAGAGACAUUAACGGUGCUGAUCUUCUGUACAGUCUCCUCAGUGCUCCUUGGCUUUAUUCUCUUCUCAGGGUAUAUGAGUGUCUGGUGCAGCACAGUCGGGAUGCCCCAAGCCCAUACCUGCCUUAUUCCUCCAGACUUUCUCAGGAGAUUAUGGCCAGUGUGCGAGGACUGGCUGCUCCCUCCUCUGAGGCACAAGAACUUUAUAUUCUGCUGAAAUGCCCUCAUAUGCAGGCUUUGCUCUCUGCUCAUGAUUCUGUGGCUCAGAGGAACUACGGUCCAGUACUGCCGCCUCUUCCUGACAAACUGCCUGACAGUGAGGAGGCCAUGAGGAUUGUUUGCCUUGUCAAGAAUAAACAGCCUCUGGGGGCAACCAUUAGGAAAAAUGAAAAAACAGGGAAUUUCUUUAUUGCGAGGGUGAUACAUGGAGGACUGGCAGAUCGCAGUGGACUUCUUUAUCCUGGUGACAAGCUGGUGGAAGUGAAUGGGCAGAAAGUGCGGGGACUGCAGCCCGAGCAUGUCAUUCAGAUGCUGGUACAAUCUCAAGGAAAUAUUCUUUUUAAAGUGAUCCCUAAUACACCACAACCCACCAACAGCCAACCAGCCCUGUAUGUGAGAGCCAUGGUGGAUUACAGUCCUCUGCAGGACCCUGCGAUCCCCUGCCCAGAUGCAGGCAUGGCGUUCAGUAAAGGAGACUUGCUGAAGAUCGUCGACCAGAGGGACAUCCGAUGGUGGCAGGCCAGGAAACUCCACAGUGCCUCAUUGUGUUGUGGCCUCAUCCCCUCCACUAACCAGUUCAGAUAUAAGCAAAGGGAGUUGUGGUGGUCCCAACCUUAUCAGGCUCACACCUGCAUCAGACCCUUGAGUGCAACAGAUGUUGGAGAAGAGGAGAUAACAGAUGAAAACAAAUGCAUCGAAACAGAUGAAGAAGAUUUUGAGUUCGUAUCAGAGGAGGGUGAGAAUGGUGAACAUAUGCAGGGAUUAUAUAUAGCCGGGUUCCGACACAGUCUGCGUGUAUGGAGGAGGAAAUCGUACAGUAAGAGAAAGCCAUCAUGUUAUUCCUGUGGAGUCAGCAGCUGCCAUAACACCUCAGCCACCCUUUAUGAAGAGGUGGUCCACUACCAGCGCCACAUAGACGAUCCCCCCCGUCUCAUUGUGCUCAUUGGUCCAUCAGGAGUUGGUGUAAAUGAACUGCGCAGGAAGCUAAUCAAAAUCAACCCUAAUACGUACCAGGGACCAGUAUCUCACACAACACGGUCCCAGAAAAUGGGUGAGAAGAAUGGGCGUGAAUAUCACUUUGUGACAAAGGAAGUCUUCGCGUGCAUGGUGGUUAAUCACAAAUUUCUCGAGUAUGGAGAGCAUAAUGGACACAUGUACGGCACCAGCUUAGACUCGGUCCAAGAUGUUUUGGACAAUGGGAAAAUAUGUGUUAUUGACCUUGAACCUCAUUGCAUUAAUUCAGUCAGAACCAAGAAGCUGAAGCCCUACAUCAUAUAUGUACGGCCUCCGUCUCCUGCCCGCAUGAAGCAAACAAGAAAAGACCCACAUUUUCUUUCCAAUAGAUACAUCAAGAGAUACUUUUAUGACAAAGACUUUGAGGAGAUUGAGGAAGCAAGCAGGACUAUGGAGGCCAAGUAUCGUCAGUACUUUGACUGUGUGAUUGUGAACGAUGAUCUGCAAGAUUCAUGCAUGGAUCUGUUCACGGCUAUACAACAUGCUCAAGAAGAACCACAGUGGAUUCCUGCCAGCUGGUUUGCUCCUGAUCAUCCAUGAUGCGCAGACAUGCAUAUGAACAAACAAGGGGAAUUUUUCAAUGGUUGUAAUUAAAGGGGUCAUGUGAUGCUUUUUUAAAAGAUAAUUUUGUCUAUUUGGUGUAACUGAAUUUGUUGACAUGCUUUAAUGUUUUUUUAGAUACUGUACAUUAUUGUAGGUCCUCUAUGCCCCGCCUCUCUCAAACGCAUUGUUUUCUACAUAGUCCCUCCUUCCAAAAAACACAAUCUGCUCUGAUUGGCCAACUGACCCAGUGCAUUGUGAUUGGCCGAACACCACAAGCACUCGUCAGAGAUGUAACGCCCCUUUCCAUAAUCCAUUUACAAAAUAAAUGUAAAGACAGUUAACAAUGUCCUUAGUUUUACCUUCAGUUCAAGCCCAGUGAUGAAGUUUCAAUAGCAAAUACUCAUAACACAACAUACUUAAAGUAGCUGAUUCAGAAGCGCCAGAUUGUCAUAGCAAGGUCAGAAUGACCUCCUCUCCUAGGUUCAUGAAAUGGUUGUCCAUAAAAUGCGUUGCUGUUCUGUUGUAAGUAAUCUUAAAGAUUCCAAAAAUGCACCUACUUUCUGAAGACCAAAUAAAGUGCUUUUGCUUUCACCUAGGAACACAUCUGCCUGACAUGGCUGCUACAACACUAAUUACCAUUACUGAAACCACUCAUAGAUAUGGGGCGUGUUUGAAUGAGCCGUUUUGGGGGGCUUGGGAGUCUUUACUUUAAAGAACAUCUCUUUGUAUUUGAGACUUUAGUCCUUGCAACUUCAGGGAUCUUACCUAUAACCAAUCAGCUUGUAACUCUCCAUAUCGCAUCAGAUGACCCCUUUAAUGUAAAAGAACAGAAUUUUGAAAAAAACAAAUGCCUUUGUUUGGGGUUUAGGAAAAAUGUAAGUUUUGCCAGAUGACCUGAUGAAAUGAUGAAGAAACAUUUCAAUGGAGCGUAUGAGAAGAACACUAUACAAACAUGGCCUUCAUGUCAGGACAACUUACCGAAUGCCACUCUUCACAAGUAACAUAAAAGGCUGACUUGAAUAUGCUCAAAUUAAUUUGUGGAGAUCUGGAAAAAAUGUUUUAUAGAGUAAUGUGACCAAACUGAACUUUAUGGACCCAUGGACCCAUGUCUGAUGCAAAAAAGGCAAAGCUUCUGAGCAGCAUAAGACAAUUUCAAUAGUCAAACAUGGUGGUUUGGUGAUGGAUUCUUUGAAGUAUCAGGCUAUUUUGGCAAAGAUUGUGAUGGCUUCAAUACAGUGACUGAAAGUGACUAUCAUUGGACUGCAGGGCAAUUAUCCAAUAGUAUACAUCUAAAACUUCUGGAGUUUCAGAGGCUUGUGAGCACUAGAGGCAACAUGUAAUAAGGAAGAAACGAUUCUCUGCAAAAUUUGUCUUUUGGGGGGUUGAAUAACAUUGUACAUACAUUUUUAGAGCCAUAUGUGCAAAUGUUCUAUAAUUACAGCUGCUUUGGUUGAAUUGUUUUCUUAUAUUGUUUGCAGAAUAGGCAGCAGAAUGUCUUGCAGGGUUGAAUAAUUUUGGCAAAGUGCUAAUGGUUCUAAACUUGUUUGGAAGGCUUGAGUUUAAAUCUGUUUUUAAUCUUCAAAACUAUAGGAUGGAGGCAAAUAAAUAAAUAAAUUAUUAUUAUUAUUGCAUUAAAAAACACCCAACACAUCUUAGAGACAGUUUUUAUCUGCCCUUUCUAUCAUUCAUUAAGCAUUGCAUCACAUCGUAUUAGUUAACAUAUUAUGUUGGCAUAUCCUACCAGUGUCUGUCU